AGCUCUUCCUUCUCCUCAAAUGUAGUCGUAUUCUCGGAGGCUAGCACUUUAAAACUGCCCGACAGUAACUGUGUAGCCAAGUCUCAGAAGAAAGCCUUCAUGUCAUCCAAAGUAUCUAAACUGAGGGAUGAAGUUAAAGCAGAAAUAAAGGACACCGACGAGGAAGAGGAAGAAGACAGGACCAACGCGCAGAACGAUGCUCUCCUUCACCGCCUCGUUCAUACCAAACUAUUAUCUGGAUCCCUAAAACCUGACCUCGAUAUGAAACCUGCUGAACGAAAAAAGGCACUUGCAGGACGUGUCCUGGAGCUAAACGGCGGUGCAAAGUUGGGCCGCGGUGAGAAAUUCGUCCGGGAGGCCGAAAGAAACAAGGCGUCAAAGCAUGUACGUGCGGGUCUACUGGAGAAGGAAAAACAGCGACGUAAGGCACAGCUCGAAGAAGCUAAAAAUAUGGGUAAUUAUCACCAUUCCAUCAAGAACGUGUUCGAACAGCCUUCAGAUUCCUCCGAUCGGAAACGAGAACGUGGUUUACGGAUGGGGGUUGGCAAGUUCAGUGGAGGGCUGCUCAAACUUAGUCAGGAAGACAUCAGUAACGUUCAAGGCCGGUCACAUCGAGGCUUAGGCACUCGUGGCCAUGCCCGUAGUCGAAGGCGAAGAUGA